AUGGUCUUGGUCUCAAAGACCAUCGGCAAAGAGAAAAAGGUCUCGAUCCUCCCUCUACACUUGAAAGAGGACUUGCAUAGUGCGUAUACGAUCUAUGCUAACGGAGCCUUGAAACGCAUCGUUGUUAUCAACUUCAAGGAGGUUCAGGCCGGCGCGACACAUCGUCCGGACGAUAGGCCGUACCCAUUUCGUCUCGCAAGGUCGCUUCGAGAAGCUACGGUAGAGAGGCUUGAAGGACCAGGGAGCGACUCCUCAAAAAACAUUACUUUUGGGGGCACCACGUUUGCCUAUGAGAGUUCCCGAGGGAGGCCCGUUAAGUUAUCAACAACUGAGGCACAUAACGAAAUCUCCAUCAAGCAGGGGUUAUUGAAGAUCAUAUCACGGCGCGCAUUUAGGACGCAUGGUGGGAAGUUUUCCAACUUGGACUGCUUCAUCCAGGCCAAUAAUCAUGAGGCUCGUCUGAUGGAUGUAAGAUGCACCAAAGCUUAUAGGGUGAUCAGGGAAAUCUUUGAUGAAAUGGACAGCAGUCUAUAUCCAGACUUGUUAUCACGGCUCACAGAGGCCGUAGACUUCCUGAGGGAUGUGUCCAGAGCUAUAGGCCACUACCCUGAUCUGCCUGGUGAGUUGGAAGAUUUUGCUCAACAGCUACAAGCCAAAUUGCCAUCAGGGAAUGGUUGGGAGGAUGAUGAGGCGGGCUAG